UGCGAUUUACGCCAUUCGGAAGAAAAUUGAAUUUUACAUCCGAUUCAUAUUUUUUGAUUGAUCAAAAAUCUCAAUGUCAGCUCCCAAUGAAAAAUAUAUGGGAGGAGGGAAUUCUAGGCUGUCAUGUUUAUCCUCAUAACUAUUAAACGGUUCAAAGAAUCGAAAAAUUUGAUGGAAGAAAGAAUGAAGCUUGCAGUUUUUUCUAUCGAAUGAUUUUUAUAAAAUUUUACAAAUAUAAAGUUGGAGAUAUCUAUAUAGAGAAGGCAUCCAGUGGCGUACGAACACAUGCCGUUUGGUAGAAUAAUGUGUGAAAAAUGAUGAAAAAUACCUAUCUACCUACCGUUGGUGCAUGCAACGUGAGAAAUGAACAUUUUACUAUAUGACGUGAGAGAAAGAAGUUGAUUUACUCAUCACACAGACUAAUAAUUAUGUAGGAUACUACUUGGAUUCGAGAAGGAAUGUGGAAAAUCUAACAAUAAAGGUACAACAAUUCAAACAUUUUUAUUGUGAUAAAAACAAUCUAAAAGCAUUAAAAUUGACUCAUCCACUCCGAAAACUACAUAAAACAAUCUGAGAACAUGAAAAUUAACUCAUCAACUCUGAAAACAAAAUAAAACAAAUAUAAAAUUAGGUACUACAGCGCUAAUUGCAGCAUUCUUCACAGGUACAUAAUUGUGUACAUUUUAAUUUCCUCAGGAAACAUUUGCAUUUAUGAUCACAAAUUUUACAUUGGCAUUUAAUCAUUAUAUCUGUUUCCAAUCUUUCGUUCUCGAUAGUUUUCCAGAAUGGUAUCCAUUUUUCUUCUUCCAAUGUCCAUCUUCAUUGGGAUCGGAUACCUUCAAAACAUAUGGUAAUCCGUUCCAGGAAACCUCAACUGAAUUAUUCGCUCUAGAUAGUAGAAUUGUCGUGAAUGACGAAUGUUUGAGACUGUUAUUAGAUAAAGGUGUCCAUCAAUGCAGAGAAUUUUGUCAUGAUAGGUUGAUACACUCGAAAAAAUCAAUUUCUGAACCAAUCACUAAAAUAAUAACAUUCCCUUCAAGAAUAAAAAAAAUAAGCAGAAUAAAUCAAGUAAAGUGAAAGAAUUAAAAUCAGAUGUUACUUUAUUUAGUAGACUUUACGUUGUGUCACAGAAUAGAGAUGGUGACCGGAAUUUUUUUUUCAAAUUUGAGGAACAUUCACCCUCACUCGCUCAACUUGGUCAAAUGUACCAUGGCACGGAAUCAGAUUUAUUACGAUGCAGACAAAUACAUAACAGUUGAGAAUAAACCAACUGAUGUUGAUGCUGUAUUGAUUGAUGGUGCUGCAUUAGUACAUAUACUACAACCCAAGGCUUGCUGUACUUUCCAGGAAUAUAUCUCUCUUAUUGUAAAGCCUUAUAUUCUAAGAAUUUUAGAUACCUCUAAGAGGAUUGAUGUAAUCUGGGAUAUUUAUAUUGAUAAGAGCUUGAAGGCAAGUUCAAGAGAGAAGAGGGGAAAAGGGAACAGGAAAUUGGUAAGAGAAAACACCAGCAUUCCACGAAAUUGGAAUGACUUCUUGAGAGACUCGGAAAAUAAGAAACAAUUGUUCGAUUUAAUUUCCAACCACCUCAAAGACAUGCCAUUACCCGAGAAUACAGUAGUAGUAUGUAAUACAAUUGAGGAAACACUUUAAAAUAGUGGAUCCCUAGAAAUCAAUGAAAUAACUGGUGUUUGCAACCAUGAGGAAGCAGAGCUGAUACUCGGAUUUUUGUUCAUACUCAAAAUUGUAUGGAAAAUAAUUUGAAAAGAAUCUUGAUAAAAACUGUGGAUACUGGUGUGAUCAUUCUCGCAAUUUUCUAUCAGUAUCAGCAUCAAGAGCAGCAUAUUUGGAUAGAGUUUGGUACGGGGAAAGAAUAUGAAGUACAUUUUUUGCGUAGAAAUUUCUGAUAAAUUAAAAGAGAGAUGCCUGGGUCGGCCAAUGUUUCACGCUUUAACUGGAUGCGAUGUAACAUCAGCCUUCUUCGGAAAUGGAAAAAGAAAAUGUUGGGAAGCAUGGUAUGUUUUUUCUGCCGUAACAGAUGUAUUCAUAGAGCUGACACUAAACAACCUCUGAUGAAAAUCAGUUACAUAUAUUAGAAAAGUAUGUCAUAUUUUUGUACGAUAAACAUUCAGAUGCGGAAAACUUAGAUGUUUGUCGGGUGGACUUAUUUACAAAAAAAAAAGGUCUAUUGAGAAUCUUCCACCCACAUUCAUUGAAUGACAAUGUAAAAUUUGUGAUCAUAAAUGUAAAUGUUUCCCGAGGAAAUUAAAAUGUACACAAUUAUGUACCCGUAAAGAAUGCUGCAAUUAGCGCUGUACUACCUGAUUUUAUAUUCGUUUUAUUCAAUUUUGAGAGUUGAUGAGUUAAUUUUUAUGUUCUCAGAUUGUUUUAUGUAGUUUUCGGAGUUGAUGAGUCAAUUUUAAUGCUUUUAGAUUGUUUUUAUUACAAUAAAAAUGUUUAAAUUGUUGUACCUUCAUUGUUAGAUUUUCCACAUUCCUUCUUGAAUCCAAGUAGUAUCCUACAUAAUUAUUAGUCUGAUGUGUGAUGAGUAAAUCAACUUCUUCCUCUCACGUCAUAUAGUAAAAUGUUCAUUUCUCACGUUGCAUGCACAAACGGUAGGUAGGUAGGUAUUUUUCAUCAUUUUCCCCACAUUAUUCUACCAAACGCGCAUGUGUUCGUACGCCACUGGAUGCCUUCUUUAUAGAGAUAUAUAUAUCGUUCGAUAGAAAAAACUGCAAGCUUCAUUUUUUCUCUUGUCGAAUUUUUCGAUUCUUUGGGCCGUUUAAUAGUUAUGAGGAAAAACAUGACAGCCUAGAAUUUCCUCCUCCCAUAUAUUUUUUAUUGAGAGCUGACAUUGGGAUUUUUGAUCAAUCAAAAAAUCUUUAUCAGAUGUACAAUUCCAUUUUCCUUCGAAUGGCGUAAAUCACAAAUCUCUAUCUCUCGCCGUUUUUGAGAAAAUAAUAUUUACAUGCAAGCCCAGUCAGCACAUCCUUUCGUUGUCAACCUCGAAAGAUGUCGAACAGCACUUUAUCAAAACUCCUUCAUCCAUAGAACGGCUAGGCUCUGGAAUUCAUUGCCUGAGGAAGUAUUCCCAACAACAUAAUAUAAUCUCCAGAAGUUCAAAAAAAUUCCAAUACCUACCUCCUAUCCUUAUCCUCCCUAGGAACGCACGAUGUUCU